AUGGCACCGGCCGCGAAACGGAGUAACAGCUCCCUGCCGGCAGGCUAUGCCGAGGACAAGUCGAAAGGACCGAUGCUUCGAUUCGAAGAGUCGCUACCCCGAUUACCAGUGCCCACCCUCCAAGAGACCGCCGCCCGCUACGUAAAGAGCCUCCACCCGCUGCUGAGCCCGGUCGAAUAUGCCUCGAGCAAGAAGGCCGUCGAGGACUUCGUCAAGCCCGGCGGGGUCGGCGAGAAGCUACAGAAGAAGCUGCUAGCAAAGCGGGAGGACCCCAACACCAAGAAUUGGAUUUACGAGUGGUGGAACGACGCCGCCUACCUCAGCUACCGGGAUCCGGUCGUCCCGUACGUUAGCUACUUCUACUCGCACCGCGACGACCGCCGGCGGCGGGACCCCGCGAAGCGAGCUGCUGCCCUCACGACGGCGGCCCUGGAGUUCAAGAAGGAGGUCGAUGCCGGGACACUGGAGCCCGAGUACAUGAAGAAGCUGCCGAUCUCCAUGGACAGCUACCAAUGGAUGUUCAACGCGAGCCGAGUUGCGGCCAAGCCGGCAGACCACCCGGUCAAGUUCGACCACAAGAGCCAUAAGUAUCUGAUCGCGAUUCGGAAAAACCAGUUCUUCAAGAUCAACCACGAGGUGGAUGGGCAGCCGCUCAACACCACGGAGCUCGAGGCGCAGUUCGCGAGGGUUUAUGAGCUCGCCCAGCGGGUUCCUUCAGUAGGCGUGCUCACGAGUGAGAACAGAGACGUCUGGACAGAUGCGCGCAAGGUCCUGCUAGACGCCUCGCCCAAGAACAAGGCGGCGCUCGAGGCCAUCGAGGCGAGCUCGUUCGUCGUAUGCCUGGACGACGCAUCACCCGUAACCCUGGAGGAGCGGGCGCACCAGUACUGGCACGGCGACGGCCAGAACCGGUGGUUCGACAAGCCGCUCCAAUUCAUCGUGAACGACAACGGCACGUCCGGGUUCAUGGGCGAGCACAGCAUAAUGGACGGCACGCCGACGCACCGGCUCAACGACUACGUCAACGACGUCAUCUUCAACAACAAGCUGGACUUCAGCAACCCGGCGGCGCGGUCCAGCCUGUCCGACCCCGUGGCCGUCAACUUCGGAAUCACCAAGGAGGUGCAGGGCGAGAUCGACCGCGCGACCAGGGACUUCGAUACCGUCAUCGGGCAGCACGAGCUCGCGGUGCAGGCGUACCAGGGCUACGGUAAGGGCCUCAUCAAGAAGUUCAAGUGCUCGCCCGACGCCUACGUGCAGAUGAUCAUCCAGCUGGCCUACUACAAGAUGUACGGCAAGAACCGCCCCACCUACGAGUCGGCCGCGACGCGGCGCUUCCAGCAAGGCCGCACCGAGACCUGCCGGACCGUGUCGGACGAGAGCGUCGCCUUCUGCAGCUCGAUGGCCGACCCGAGCGUCUCCGACCAGGACCGCGAAGCCCUGUUCCGCAAGGCCGUCGCCGCCCACAUCGAAUACAUCGGCGCCGCGUCCGACGGCAAGGGCGUCGACCGCCACCUAUUCGGCCUCAAGAAGCUGCUCGAGCCCGGCGAGGACGUCCCCGCCAUCUACACGGACCCGGCCUUCGCCUACAGCAGCUCCUGGUACCUGUCCACGAGCCAGCUGAGCUCCGAGUUCUUCAACGGCUACGGGUGGAGCCAGGUCAUCGACGCCGGGUUCGGUAUUGCGUACAUGAUCAACGAGAACAGCAUUAGUUUCAACAUCGUCUCCAAGGGCCUCGGCAGUCAGAAGAUGAGCUACUACCUGAAUGAAGCCGCAGGCGACAUCCGCGACAUACUGCUGCCGGGUCUGGAGGCGCCCAAGUCAAAGCUAUAA